AAAAGCGGCCGCCGACCGUCUGCUGCGGGUCACACACGCUCCUCGCAAGGCAGCGGCAGCGCGCCACGCACGCACGGACAGCGGAGACCCGCGCGUCGUACCACGUGACCGGCACGAGCGUCUGAGACACGCACCGAGAAAAUUGUCAUUCAUUCGGAAAACAAAACGCACCAUGGAGCUCGCUCCCCCCGCCUGCUUAUUCAGCGCGCAGAGCGUCCCGCUGAGCCCGAGCGGCAAGUCCGCGGCCGCGGCGGCCGCCAAGCGCCCCCGCUCGUCGUCGCCGGAGCUGCUCCGCUGCAAGCGCCGCCUCAACUUCGCCGCGUUCGGCUACUCGCUGCCGCCGCAGCAGCCGCACGCCGUGGCGCGCCGCAACGAGCGCGAGCGCAACCGCGUCAAGCUGGUCAACAACGGCUUCGCCACCCUGCGCGAGCACGUGCCCAACGGCGCCGCCAACAAGAAGAUGAGCAAAGUGGAGACCCUGCGCUCGGCCGUCGAGUACAUCCGCGCGCUGCAGCAGCUGCUGGACGAGCACGACGCCGUCAGCGCCGCCUUCCAGGCGGGCGUGCUGCAGGCGCCGUCGCCCGGCAUGGCGCAGGGCUACCCGGCGGCCGAUAUGAACUCCAUGACCGGCUCGCCCGUGUCCUCCUACUCGUCGGACGAGGUGUCGUACGACCCCCUCAGCCCGGAGGAGCAGGAACUCCUCGACUUCACCAACUGGUUCUGAACCCCCGCAACGAGACUCCACAGACCGACUCAUCUUUUCUUUCCGCCCAGGACUGUAAUUUAAUUUAAAAUAUCAAAUAAAAAUCCAGUCUGUUUGCAAGCCCGGGUGGGUGGUCCCGGAGGAGGCUCAAGAAGCACCCAACUCGGAACGCCGACGACCACAAAAGACUGGAAAACCCACACAAGACCGACUUUGGGGGGGGCACAUUAUUUAAAAUGAAGAAUAAUCGUAAGGAUGAGAAGAAUCCAAUCCAAUCCGCCUUUGUCACAACAGCUUCCAAUUUGUAGGAAACUCUCUCUCCAGUGCUCUGUCGCAAAUGCAGAAACUAUUUUUCUAUGUAAAGAGAUUUAUAGACCUUUUUUGUACACAUCAUUUUUGUAUAUAUUUUGCUUACAUAAUUCUAUUACGUGUUCCCCCAACGCAGCACCGACGUGUCUUAUUUAAACGUGUCAUCUUUGUCCAUGAUCAAAACUUAUUAUGCAGCUAGUGUCCAAACAAGCCAGCGAGGUGUUGGAAACUCUUCUUCUCAUCAGCCUCAUAAUAACAAUAACGAGAAGCAUAUUUUACACAGUGCAACAAUAAAUGAUUUGCGACUGAAAGCUA